UUCAUCUUUUUUUCUUAAAAAAGCAAUUUUGCUAAUGGCAGAGGUGGAAAUCCCAUCCUAUUUCCUCUGCCCAAUUUCUCUCCAAAUGAUGCGAGAUCCCGUCACUCUCCCCACCGGCAUCUCCUUCGACCGUCAGAGCAUCGAACGCUGGCUCUUCUCCGACGCCGGCCACCAAACCUGCCCCGUCACCAACCAGCUUCUCCCAAGCUCCGUUGAACUAACACCGAACCACACCCUCCGCCGCCUAAUCCAAGCCUGGUGCGUCGCCAACGCCUCCCACGGCGUCGAAAGAAUCCCAACGCCCCGCCCCCAAAUCGACCGCUCCCACAUCUCCAACCUCCUUCAAAAACCCAAUCACUCAACCUCUCUCCACGAACUCCAGCAAAUAAUCUCCGCCAGCGAAGCCAACCGCCGCAUCGUCCAGUCUUCCGAAGCAGUCGAAUUCGUCGUCUCUUCCAUCAUCUUAGAACAACACGGCGACGAAGCUCUCGCCAUCCUCCACUCUCUUCAAAUCUCCGAUGACCGUUUUAUAACCCUCUUGAAAAGUAACCCGCGCUUCCUCGACUCACUCUUCGCAGCCUUGAAUCGAUCGAGCUACAAAUCUCGUGCUUAUGCCACCUUACUGCUCAAAUCAAUUGUUCCAUUGGUGUCACCCAUCAUCCUCUCGAGCGUUAUUCAAAAGGAGAAUUUGCAUCAAAUUGUCAGCGUUGUGAACGAUCGAAUAUCGAGUCAGGCUACAAAGGCGGCCUUGCGAGUUCUUAUUGAGCUGUUCUGUUGGGGAAGGAAUAGAGCUAAGGCAGUGAACGUCGGCGCCGUCUCCGCUCUGAUCGAUCUUUUGCUUGACGAGAGUGACGGAAGAGCGUGCGAGUUGGCGCUCGUGGCGUUGGAUAAACUAUGCGCGUGCGCGGAGGGGAGGGCGGUGUUGAUUGGACAUGCGGCAGGGGUGGCGGUGGUGUCGAAGAAGAUACUGAGGGUAUCGGCGGUGGCGAGCGAAAGGGCCGUGAGGAUAGUGGAGAAGGUGGCGAAGCUGUCGGCGAGUCCAGCGGUUCUUCAGGAGAUGGUGCAGGUGGGAGUGGUUUCCAAGCUUUGUUUGUUGUUGCAGGUGGAGUGUGGGGCGAAGCAGAAGGAGAGGGCGAAGGGGAUACUGAGGCUGCAUGCGAGGAUUUGGAAGAAUUCGCCAUGUUUGUCUCCUGCACUUCUUCUGUCAUAUCCGUGUUCGUAGCAGGGGGUGAUCAAGAAAAAAAAAGGGAAUUAAUAUAUCCCCAAAAAUGUCAAUCAUUUGGAUUUAUGAAUACUAGAUUAUAUGAAAUUUU